GCUGGGAGCACCAGUGAGAGCACUCCUCUGCUGCUCGCUCUCUCACUCUCCUUCACACGAGCAAUAUUUAAUCUGGAUGUCAUGAAAUUUCUUUUGACUAAGAUUUUGAUUUAACUUGCCAUACAUUUUUGUUAGUGUGCGCGAUGCUUCAGGUUACUGUAGUGUAGAUUUACCAGCGUUACAUUAGUCGUGAACAGCUUAGUGAAGACGAUGGCAACUGAUCUCUGGGUAUUGUUUGUGCUGGGAGUUGUAAGAUGCAGCUCAGCCUUCAACAUUGAUAUUGGUAAUCAUGUUACACACUUCAGCACACAGAAGGGAUCCAUGUUUGGCUUCGACGUCGCUCAGCACAAAGACAGAGGACAAAGUCGGUUGCUAAUCGGAGCGCCCAAGUACGACACAGAACAAAAGCUGCGGGACGUGACGCAGGCAGGGGCGGUGCUGCAGUGCUCCUCAGAGAUCGCCAGCUACUGCGAGUAUGUUCCCUUCGACAGGAACGGCAACAACGUUCACCCGCUGGGGCAGCAGUUGGAUAGCAAGAGUUACCAGUGGUUUGGUGCCACCGUCAGCAGCUCUGGCGAGGACGGCAUUGUUGUGGCGUGUGCUCCACGCUACGUCUGGUUCACAGAGAAUCUUCGGAGACGUGAACCUGUGGGUACUUGCUACGUCGCCCGCCAAGGUCUCACGGACUUCCAGGAGUUUUCUCCCUGCAGAACACGUAGUUGGGGCUACCACCGCCAGGGGUCCUGUCAGGCUGGCUUCGACGCUGUCAUUACGAAGGUCAGUACACAACCUUGCCUUAUACUGUACAAGCAGUGUACACUGUACAUGGGGAGCUGCACGCAGAUGGUGUACACCUGCAGUCUUUAUUGCCAGGCCUGGAUGGCGCGGCUCAAAGGUCAGGUCCACUCUCAGAGCCUUGUGACCAGGAACGAGUACGCCAUGACCUGGGAGGGCGGUGCUGUUGAUGAUGACCAGUAUCUGGGCUACUCUGUGGCAGUUGGCGACUUCUCUGGAGAUGGCAGACAGGAUGUGGCACUUGGGGUGCCUAAAGGCUUGAACUAUACAGGAAAGGGCCAGCGGAAGGCGCAGGUGCAGGCCAGGCAGAAGCAGCCCUCACAGAGAUUUCUUGGCCGGAGAGCUGAAGAGAACCUGAACGGAGCAGAGCAGGCCGACAGCCUCCACAACCUCACCUGGCCACAGUGGUUUGAGCACACAGGUUUCCUCUUCCUGAGCAACGAACAAGUAGGGUACACUUUCAUCAGCCUGUCAGAGGUGGCCACAAUGCGGCCCUUGUACGGCUCCUUCGCCCUGGCGGUGGGCGAGUUUAACGGUGCCCCGGGGCAGGACCUUGCAGUGGGCAUUCCUCGGGGACCCAACUUGAAAGGCGUCCUUACGGGCAAGAUCGCACUCUACACACACGAGCUGCAUCCCCUGCAGAAUAUCACUGGCUACCAGCUGGGCUCCUAUUUCGGCUACAGUUUGGCCGUGGUCGACUUCAACAACGACGGCCUCGACGACAUUAUCGUUGGCUCUCCGAUGUACACUGACUAUAAGGACAGGGAGAUGAAGUUCGAGGUGGGACGAGUCCACGUUAUGUUGCAGAACAAGGUGCAUCGCUUCAGGCAGGUGGUGACCUUCACUGGUGAGGUCAAUAGAGGUCGCUUCGGCCUCUCUCUCACUGCCCUUGGGGACAUCAACAUUGAUGGCAUUGAUGACUUGGCAGUGGGGGCACCAUACAGCGGGAAAGAUGGCAAUGGAGCUGUUUUCAUCUACCAUGGCUUUGUUAUACGUAGUGGUGAGCUCAUUCCAGAGGAAAUGAAGAAACCAUCUCAGGUGAUUUACGCGAAAGAUGUGUCCCGGGGUCCUAGCAUAUCAACGUUUGGGUGGUCACUGUCAGGAGGGAUGGACAUGGAUGAUAACCAGUACCCAGACCUGCUGGUGGGAGCCUACCUCUCUGACGCUGCUGUACUGCUCAAAUCCCGGCCUAUUGUGAAUCUGCUAAAUCACAGCCUCACCUUCCUGUCAGAGGGCAAGAUCAUCGACAUAGAAUCUGGAGCAAGCCUGGAGGCUGGCUGCCGCACCCAGAGUGGCAGACCUGUCACCUGUGUUCCCCUUGAAUUCUGUGUGGGUUAUGGUGGUCUUGGAGUUCCUGAAGACAUUGAACUGGACGUGGAGUACACAUUGGAUGGUAAAGUAAAUACUGCACGCAUCUUCUUCCUCAACACUGACCAGUGGAUGUUGAAAGAAACAAUCCAGCUUGAGAAGGAAAUCCCCAGGUGUCAGCUGCACCAGGUGUAUGUUGCACCGACACUGACAGACAAAUUGACGCCUAUCGGUGCUGAGGUUAAGUAUCAGCUGGUGGAGCCCAAGUACCGCAGGACCCCACGCUCCCUCACACCCAUCCUCAAUCAGCGUCAGAAGCUCGCCCUUUCAGACUCCCUCACCAUCCAGAAGAAUUGUGGAGAUGACAAUGUUUGCAUCCCUGACCUCAUUCUCACCUUUACUGCGCCAGACACUUUUGUUUUUCGGAAGAAGGAGCAGCUGGAGGUGGAUGUAAGAGUGGUCAAUAAUGCUGAUGAUGCAUUUGAGGCAAAAGUUUACAUACCUAUUCCUGCUGGUCUGCUGUAUAACACUUUUGCUGCUAAGGAUAAUACCUCCGUUACCUGCUCCCCACGCACCAUGGGUGCCAACACCACCCUCAUCUGUGAUAUUGGCAACCCACUACCCAGGCACAAGGGUGUGCACUUCAUAGUACUAUUCCAGCAGAAAUCUGGCUCACUGGAAGACCCCCGUUUUGAGUUCCUAGUGACAGCCAACAGCACCAAUAGCGAGGAAGCUAGGCAUCGUGGGGACAAUGUUGCUUACAAGAAUAUCCUUGUUGAUGUGAACACCAAUCUUAUUCUUUAUGGGUCGUCAUCUCCUGAGAACAUUGAGUACAACCGUACCUUGCAUCGUUCUGAAGGAUACACCCAUGAGGAGCAUUUGGGCCCCAAGGUCAGGCAUACAUAUGGAAUCUCCAACAAUGGCCCUUCAGAGAUCCUGCAAGCUGAAAUUGUCAUACUCUGGCCCACCAUGACACUGAAUGGUAAUUAUCUACUGUACCUCCUGGAGCAGCCCCAAGUUACUGGCCCAGUCAACUGCUCUUAUGUUCCUGAUGUCAACCCUCUGGGCCUCUUGCUGAAUGAGAAAGAAAUGAAUGCGGAAUUUGAGAAACUCCAACACAAGAACAAGCUACGAGGGACAGUGGCUGAAGAGAACUACACCGAGGUAUCUCUCUCUGGGAGUGAUGGUGAGGCUGUAGGUGCUGGGGAAACAACUUUCUACCAGGAAUCUUCAGGGGGUCACUUUUACUCCAGUGGUGGAAACUCAUCAUCAUCAUCAUCAUCAUCAACAUCAUACUCACAUUCUUCUACCUCUUCAUCUAGCAGCAAAAGCUUCAGCUCAUCUUCAGGCUCCUCCAGUUAUUCAACCAAAGAGAAUGAUCUCAUUUCACGACAAAAAAGACAAGCAAAUAAAAAGAUAGACUGGGAAUCUGAGACAACUAAUUGUGGUCCAACCAAAUGUACGCGGAUCCAUUGCUUAGCUGGUCCUUUGGUGGAAGAUGACACACUUUACAUCUAUGUUCAUUCUAGACUUGUAGUCACCACACUUGCUGAGUACCCAUAUGAGGACCUAAGCAUCACCAGUAGAAUGGUUGCCAGAGUCAGGUCUCUGCCACAUGGAGUCAGCCCUGCGUACCUUCCCGUUCGAGUCCUUGAUGUGACAACGCCAGUGUCUCCGGCCAAGUCCCUGGAUGAAACGCCACAGGUACCCUGGUGGGUCAUUGUCUUGGCCACUCUUGCUGGUAUUCUCAUCCUCCUCCUCAUCAUUCUCAUCCUCUGGAAGUGUGGAUACUUCAAGAGGAACAGACCUGAGCAGCACACAGGAAACAGCGAGGAUGCUCAACCCUUGAACCCUCCCUCAGGGCGCAACAAUCACAAUGGUGUCAAUGGCCACAACUACAACUUAUAUACACGUCCAUAUUAUCCUGGAGAUGAAGCUUUAUGAUUCAGUUAGUGCAUGUUUAAAGUGAAAUGUGAAAUUGACAGGAAAUUGUUUUUUUAACCAAUUGUAAAACUGAUUUUUGGUGUUAUGAAAGGAUAAAAAAACUAAACACAAAGUCAUAUGUGACAUAAUAUGCAGUACAGUAUAUGCAAAUUGGGAAAGUGGUAAAUGAAAUACUGUACACUACAUAUGUGAUGAAACAUGGUUGUGGUUGCUAGUGGGCCACCACUUGCAGUUAGGCCACACACUUAAUAUUAUAAUCUGAAACCAGGUUAAAUUUAGUGAUAUUAGAUGUGAAGAAAUCAGUUUAUCUUUCUUUGUUCUCAUAACUUGACUCUUGAGAAAGAUAGACUCUGUAAGAAUCCAGAGGGAGGACCUCCUCUGGAAGUUCAGAUUGCCUCCCAUUUCAAGGCUAACUUCAAAAGAAUGUCUUGCAUUGCUUUUGGAGUUUAGAUCUCAUUGCAAAUCUGACAGAGAAGUGCCAAACUUAAGUAUGACAUAUCUUUAACUUGGAUAACUCUCAAGAUUAACAUAUGUGAUACUUACCCAUUGAGAUUAACACUUGUGAUAUUAUCCUUUGAGAUUAUAAAUAAAACGUAUGAUAUUCACUCAUUUAAUGCUAAUUUUUAAUUUUGGAGCUGGUUCUAACAAUUAGUUGUGACUAGUUAUCUUCACAUCAAUUUGAAGUUAAGGAAUCUCAUACUUAAUGUCUGUCUAGAGGAGUGUUUGUCUUGAUAAUGAUCAUCAUACACCAGUCGAGUUGGUCGCUUCGGCACUUGGUAACACUCAUUUGUUUUACUGGUCCAAAUAUAGUCAGAAAAUGAAAAAAAUACCACUUACGUUUUUUAACAACAUAAGUUUGUUACAGUUUCUUCAAGUGUAUGUAAGUUAUUACUGCCAAAGAUAAAUGGUUUAGUACUCACUGUUAACACAAAUUCAAAUAAUUGCACUCAAUAUACGCUUUAAUAAUAUAGCUUUGGGUAAAUUCCAUGGUAGAAAAUGUUAUAAGUGUUACUUAGGGGUGGAUCCAGGCUGUAAACUACAGAAGCUCACUAUGGCAUGAAUCCCGUGUGUUUGUACUGAAUUUUUUUUUUUUUUUUAUGUAUAUAUAUAUAUAUCUUUUCCCUUCCUCUUCCUUUUGCCCCAAAGAAAAAUGCAUAUUUUCAGGCAGUGUGAAGGCUUAUUCCCUUCUUAUUAGGAAAGGAAGUGUGCAUUACAUGUCAAGGUGCUGAGGCUGACAAGGAUCUCUCAUUCCUGGAUUUGCUUCUAAUCACAGUGGCUGCAUGAAGGCUGAGUGUGCCUUAAGCAGUACUUUUAUUUAUCUACAGACCAUGGGUGAAGUUUGCACAAAAUAUCAUUUUAUAUUUCUAUACAGUCAGAUUAAUGAUGAUAUUAAGGGCAUGUGUGUUUAUACCGCUAUUUUUGUAUGUAAAUCUGUACGGAACUAUUUAAUUAUAUACAUCAAAUUUUCUCCAUGGGGAAGUGGAACAGAAUUCUUCCUCCGUUAGCCAUGCGUGUCGUAAGAAGCGACUGAAAUGCCGGGAGCAAGGGGCUAGUAACCCCUUCUCCUGUAUACAUUACUAAAGUUAAAAAGAGAAACUCGAUUUUCUUUUUAGGUCACCCUGCCUUGGUGAGAUAUGGCCAGUUUGUUGAAAGAAGAAAGAUGUCAGAUUUGUAACAUACUAAGAUGUUAGAUAAUGUUUGUAUUAACAGGGCUAAAACUGUUUUUAUAUAGCUUUAUGGUCAAAUGUAAAUAUUCAAGUAUGCACUCAACUAUCUGUUGGGGAGAAUAAACUUUUUUUUUUUUUUUUUUACAUUCUGGGCCUUUUUCCACUGAGGUAGGGUGACCCAACAAAGAAGAAAAUGCUUUCACUAUCACUCAUUCAGUUGACCCUGCAAAUCAUACCUCCACUUCUUCGUCAGAGUGCAGACAUUGUAGUACUUUCCACCUUCAUCACUCACGUCCAGCUAACUGGUUUUCCUGAAAUCUUUCAUAAAUGUUACCCUGGAUCCACUUGCUUUCACUCACUCCUAUCUAACACAAGCCUGUUGGAUGGCCAAGCUCCUAGUACUCAAAACUUGCUUAGGAUGACCCCUACCCCCUCCUCCCUUCCACCUGGAUUUAUAUGCCCUCCUAGUCAUCCUAUUUUUCUCCAUCCUCUCUAAAUUUCCAAACCACCUCAACAACCCCUCCGGAGCCCUCUGAAUAAUACCUUUGGAAACACACUUCCUAAUCUCAUAACUUCAAAUUCUCUGCAUAAUAUUCACAUCACACAUUUCCUGCAGACAUGACAUUUCUACUCCCUCCAGCCUCCUCCUCAAUGCAGCAUUCAAAACCCAUGCUUCAUGCCGAUACAACACUGUUGGUAGCAUUAUACUCUUGUGCAUUCCCCAUUUUGUCUACAUGGAUAAAGUUCUUGAACUCCAUAGGUGUCCCACUGCACUACUCACCUUUUUCCCUUCAUCAUUUCUAUGGUUCACCUCAUCUCUUAUAAAACCAUCUGCCAAGAAGUUCACUCCUAAAUAUGUGAACUUCAUACUCCCUCCAAUCAAAUAUCCAGUCUCUCUCUGGCUAUAUUUUUGAUACUCUCAUUAUCAGUAGCUGUCACAAAAUAAUGAUCUGAUAUAUUUGUCACCUCUUUAAAAAUAUGCAUAUCCAAGUACGUAUGUAUGUUUAGUGCUGAGUGUUUUAAAUAAUUUAGAAGUGCAAUCUUCUUUAUAACAAAAAAGGUUCCUGGUCAGCUAUCUAAAGUCCUGCAGGGUAAAAUGUGCUAGAGAUGCAUUAGAGAAUACUUAAGUACUCCAAAUGAGUAUAACUACUGACAACUCUGCAACUACAUCAACACAAGAACCACAGAUUUUCACCUUAGCUCUCUAAACACUAUGCUAAGGAACUACGCAUUACCUGAAUAUAAGGUAAGUUAUACUUAGUAAUUUUUACAAAGUACAAUAUUAUAAAAAUGGUUGAUAAAUAUUGAAGUGUCUGGAAAGUAGUCUGUUUCCCAUAUUCUUCCCUUCAGAUAACAUUCUUUUAACUUGUAUGCCAUUCUUGAUGAAUGUAAUUCCUGCAUUACACGAGGGUUUCUACACUAUAUAAUAGUGUACUCACACAUGCACAAAUUAUAUUAUAGUACAUAAAAUGUGGACUGAGCAGUUACAAAGUUUAAGUGCCGGAGAGUAUUUUAGAGUCUAGCUCUUCCUGGUCUGGACACAUCACCACAGACCCAGUGGCAGAGAAAGGGUUGCUUCUCUGAUUUCAUCAGAUAUACAUGAAGCAUCUUUGUUUACGACAAACUGUUACAGAUACGUAAUAAGGCAAGUUAGGACUCAGCUAAUGUUAGAUUUAUAAAUAAAUUAGCUAUUACAUUUACACUGUAUGCAGCAGUGAUAUUAUAUAGUCAAAACUCCUUUAAGAUAACAGAACAGAUGUAUGCCUGUUUCUUGGAAUCUGUAGGAAAGCCAGAAAGGGGCUGUACACAGUAUGAAAUUGUGUAACUAUUGUGGAUAAAGUGGAGUCAUAUCUUGAUAUAGUACAUGUCCUGGUAUAACUAGCUAGCCUCAUGACAUGCAUUUUAGUAUAAUUAGCUAGUCCCUUGACAAGUGUCCUUGUAAAACAAGCUAACCUCUUAACAUGUGUCUAGUGUAACUAGCUAGCUUCUUGACAUGUGUCCUAGUAUAACAAGUUAGUCCCUUGACAUGUGUCCUGGUAUAAUUAACUAGCUCCAUGACAUGUCUUGAUGCAGCUAGCUAGCUUCUUACCUAAAAGUUAUCUGAAGAUCAUUCCAUGGAUCACUGCCUCCUUGACACAGUGCGAGCUAACUAGCCUCUUGACUUGUGUCCUGGUAUAACUAGUUAGUCUCUUAACUUCUGGUAUAAGGAGCUGGAGUAUGCACUUAUCCUGGUAUAAUGACACUGUUCAACAUGGCACAUGUAAUGGUAUAAUUAGCUAGACGUGUAUAUUUUUUGCAUAACUAGCUCAAUUUGGCAUGGGUCCUGUAAUAACUAGCUUAACUCAUCACAUGUCUUCUAGUAUACAUUAAAUUAGACUUUCACAUGUCCUGGUGUACAUUUACUAGCCAGGCUCAGUCCUGGUGUGAGUGCAGCAGGCAAGUGGUACCAUCACCUCACAUGAGACAGCUGGGCUGGUGCUCAGUUGGAUGUAGGUGGUGCUAAUGUUAAUAAAUAUUUGUGGUGAUGCUGUUGGUACUAACAUUGUUUUGACUUGUUUCUAUGAAUGGAAGAUGUCUCUGCCCUUUUUGGCCUCCUUUCACCCUUUAACCACUCCAUCUCCAUUGUCAUAUUUUCCCAAUGACUUUCUCUGGACCCUUUACUUUCCUACUAAACAUUCAAGACAUGAAACUCUAAGCAUAGCCCUAUUUUAUUUAUUUAAUCAAGGGGAAGCAUUAAACCCAUAAGGCCAUAUAGCACUUGUGAAAUGGAAGAAAUUCAGGUUUGAUUCUAGGGAGGGAAGGAUGAAUCCAGUUCCUUAGAUCAAGAGCUCCUCACUGGCAAUAAGGCACCUACCUCCCUUGAUGCAUGCAUAACUCUUGAGAACAUGUAACUUAAUCAGUAAGGAAAUAGGUAAUUGUGCACUCAUGGAGAUCUUGGUAAAUCACUAUCACGUGUUUAAGACAGACAGGAAUGAGACCUGAGAGAAAAGGUAAUGAGUUAUGUUGAUGAAGUGUUAGGAUGGGUAAGUAUAACAAGAAGAGUUCUCCAAAGUUUCGGUCUUACACCCAACACUACUCCUAGUAAAAUACAUACAUAUGACUUAGCAGUGUCUCCAUGGGAAAGUGGAACAGAAUUAUUCUUCCAUAAGCCAUGCGUGUCGUAAGAGGCGACUAAAAUGCCAGGAGCAAGGGGCUGGUAACCCCUUCUCCUCUAUACAUUACUAAAGUUAAAAAGAGAAACUUUUGUUUUUCUUUUUGGGCCACCCUGCCUCGGUGGGAUACGGCCGGUGCGUUGAAAGAAAGAAGAAAGACUUAGCAGUGUGGCUUAUCACUACAUAUUAAAGUUCUUAGAUAAUGGCAAAACUACAAAGAUGAUACAGAUUUAUGAAGACUAGUAAACUAUGAGAUGACUGCUCCUUCCCUUCCCUCUUUCUUCUGUGCACAGUCCAUGGACAAAGAGCCCAUCAUUUUCUUUCAUUUACUGGUCAGGGUAAUUCUACUGGUGUAAAAAUUUCAGUGCUGUGUGACCCACGUUAAGUAUUUUUAUGAAUAAAACAAAUACAGGAUGACCUGGAAAGACUGUAGAAUAUUGAACAAGUGGCUGAUUCCACAUAGUACAGUUUUAUUAGUACAGUAUGGGAUCAAAAGUAAAUAUAAAAGUGAAAUUAUAUCAAUUAAUAAGUAGGCCCAAGAUCUGGAGCUGCACCACUUAAAUACUGUAUAUAAUUAUAAAUAAGUACGAUACUAGAAAUUCCAUACAAGAAUAUAUUCAUAUCCUUCAUUCAGACGAAUUCUUUCUUUACCAGUCUGUUCUUCAUGUAAUGUACAUCCUAAUUACCUCUUAUCACUCCAUCCCACACACCUAUUCUCAGAUUAUCCUUAUUCUUGAUAAAUGUUUGAUGUGCCUUCCUGUUGAAGAGAAAUAGGGUAGAUCUAACAUGAAGUACAUUUGUUCCAUCCAUUCCUGUGUCAGUACUUUUGCAGAACAUGUUGCUGAUGGCUGAUGUUAGACUCCAUUUUCACUUUUUAUUUAGAGGAAAAGAUAGUGACAAACUAAACUGUGAGGAUGCUAUGAAUAUAUUCACAAUCUGAAACAUUAUCAUUCUACAACAAUUUUUGUUUGGGGAUGGUUUAGCAUGUUAAAUUGAUUUGGCAUUAACUAAGGACUAGAAUUAGUCUUUGAGAAUGAAACUAAAAUUGAUCUGAAGUUACUCUUGCUUAAUGAGAUUUCAAGGUUCACAAGUAAAAUAUUGUACUGUAGGAAUCUUUAUGAAUGUGUGUGGGUCAAGUUUGACCCGGCCUGGGUGGUGAGUGUACAUAAAUACUUGUGUAUCUUGGCUCUGUUGUGGUUAAUGGUCCCUGUGUGUGUAUAUAAAUGUAUAUUUGUAAAAUGUUUUAUGUAAUUUAUUUAUGUUAACAAUAAAAUUUUGACAGUU